CUUCUAUUAAUAUCACAAAAACAUUCAGCAGCUACACAAAGUAGCUUCCUUCUCGGAUCAAAUUCUGAAUUCUUCCAAACGAGUUUCUCUCUUCUCUCUCAAUCUCUGAGAAAUUUUGCAGGCGGGAAGAAAAAUAAUGGAAGAGUUUUUGUUACAUGGAAGAUUGCACGCGACAAUCUAUGAAGUUGAUCGUCUCCAUGCUGAAGGAGGUAGAUCAGGUUUCUUAGGAUCGAUACUAGCAAAUGUAGAAGAAACAAUUGGUGUUGGCAAAGGAGAAACUCAGCUUUACGCUACAAUCGAUCUUGAGAAAGCGAGAGUUGGAAGAACAAGGAAAAUAACAAAGGAGCCAAAAAACCCAAAGUGGUAUGAAUCUUUUCAUAUUUACUGUGGUCACAUGGCCAAACAUGUUAUUUUCACAGUUAAGGAUGCUAAUCCGAUUGGCGCUACGCUGAUCGGAAGAGGUUAUAUUCCUGUGGAAGAUAUUUUGCAUGGAGAAGAAGUUGACAGAUGGGUUGAUAUCUUAGAUAAUGAUAAAAACCCCAUUGCUGGAGGAUCAAAGAUCCAUGUGAAACUCCAAUAUUUCGGUGUUGAGAAGGAUAAAAACUGGAAUCGAGGUAUCAAAAGUGCUAAGUUUCCAGGAGUUCCUUACACAUUCUUCUCUCAGAGAAGAGGCUGCAAAGUUUCUCUGUAUCAAGAUGCUCAUAUUCCUGGAAACUUUGUCCCAAAAAUCCCUCUCGCGGGUGGAAAAAACUACGAGCCAGGUCGAUGUUGGGAGGAUAUUUUCGAUGCCAUUACUAAUGCAAAACACUUGAUUUACAUUACUGGUUGGUCUGUUUACACUGAGAUUUCUUUGGUGAGGGACUCGAGGAGGCCGAAACAAGGAGGAGAUGUCACUAUUGGUGAGCUACUCAAGAAGAAAGCUAGUGAAGGUGUUAAGGUAAUUUUGCUUGUUUGGGACGAUAGAACAUCGGUUGAUUUGCUGAAAAAAGAUGGACUUAUGGCCACUCAUGAUGAAGAAACUGAGAAUUUUUUCAGAGGAACCGACGUGAACUGUAUUUUGUGUCCUCGUAACCCUGAUGAUGGUGGAAGCAUUGUCCAAAACUUGCAAAUCUCAACUAUGUUCACUCAUCACCAAAAGAUUGUUGUUGUAGACAGUGAAAUGCCGAGUGGAGGAUCAAGAUCUAGAAGAAUUGUGAGUUUUGUUGGUGGUCUUGAUCUUUGUGAUGGAAGAUAUGACACUCCAUUUCACUCCUUGUUUAGAACACUGGACACUGCGCAUCACGAUGACUUCCAUCAACCGAAUUUCACUGGCGCAGCGAUAACCAAAGGCGGUCCUAGAGAACCAUGGCAUGACAUUCACUGCCGUCUCGAAGGACCUAUUGCUUGGGAUGUCUUGUAUAAUUUUGAGCAGAGAUGGAGUAGACAAGGUGGUAAAGAUAUUUUGGUUAAAAUAAGAGAGCUCGGCGAUAUCAUCAUUCCGCCUUCUCCUGUUUUGUUCUCGGAGGAUCACGACGUGUGGAAUGUUCAGUUGUUUAGAUCCAUUGAUGGUGGAGCAGCUGCUGGAUUUCCUGACUCCCCUGAAGCUGCAGCGGAAGCAGGUCUUGUGAGCGGAAAAGAUAAUAUAAUUGAUAGGAGUAUUCAAGAUGCGUACAUUCACGCGAUUAGACGAGCUAAAGAUUUCAUCUACAUCGAAAACCAGUACUUCCUUGGAAGCUCUUUUGCUUGGAGCGCUGAUGGAAUCAAACCAGAGGAAAUCAAUGCUCUGCAUUUGAUUCCAAAGGAGCUAUCUUUGAAGAUUGUUAGCAAGAUCAAAGCAGGAGAGAAGUUUAAGGUCUAUGUUGUUGUUCCAAUGUGGCCUGAAGGGAUUCCUGAGAGCGGAUCAGUUCAAGCUAUAUUAGAUUGGCAGAAAAGAACAAUGGAGAUGAUGUACAAAGACGUAAUCAAGGCACUGAGAGAAAAGGGACUCGAGGGAGAGGAUCCACGAGAUUAUUUGACAUUCUUCUGCCUCGGAAACCGAGAAGUCAAGAAGGAUGGAGAGUAUGAGCCUUCAGAGAAACCUGAACCGGACACUGACUAUAUCCGAGCACAAGAAGCACGCCGCUUCAUGAUCUAUGUUCACACUAAAAUGAUGAUUGUUGACGAUGAGUACAUUAUAAUCGGAUCAGCAAAUAUCAACCAGAGGUCAAUGGAUGGUGCAAGAGACUCAGAGAUAGCAAUGGGAGGCUAUCAACCAUAUCAUCUCUCAACACGACAACCAGCUCGAGGUCAAAUCCAUGGAUUCCGCAUGUCUUUAUGGUAUGAACAUCUAGGAAUGCUCGAUGAAACAUUCCUCGAUCCAUCGAGCCAAGAAUGCAUCCAGAAAGUUAACCGUGUUGCUGAUAAGUAUUGGGAUCUUUACUCAAGUGAGUCACUUGAACAUGAUCUUCCUGGUCAUCUACUUCGCUACCCGAUCGGUAUUGCUAGUGAAGGGAACAUCACUGAGCUUCCCGGAUGUGAAUUCUUUCCCGACACAAAAGCCCGUAUCCUUGGUGCUAAAUCUGAUUACAUGCCUCCAAUUCUUACAACCUAAGCUUUAUGGCAGUAUCUAUAGGUAUUAAAUAAGAUUUUCUUCUCUUUUCUUUUGCUGAAUAAGUUAUAACACCAUUAGCCCUAUCCUAUUUGGAAUCUAAUAACUUAUGUUUUGUUGCUAAUUACUGUUGAACUUAAUGAAUUUAUCUAUUAUCA